AUGCAAAAAUAAAGCAUUUAAGAUGAUUUAUUAAAGAAUAACGACACCAAUUUAAGAGGAGGAGGAACAUCUUAAACUAAAUGCAAAGACUAAGAAUAAUAAAUAGAUUAAGAGAAAAUUAUUACGUUAGAAUUAGAUAUUUUCUAAUAUCUGUCAUUUUAUUCAUGUCUUAUUGAAAGGAUAUCAGAAAAUGAAAUAGAUUAAGAUGAGAUCAAAUAAUUAGAUAAAGCUUUAUAAUGGUUUCACUAGAAUGAAGCUAAUCUUUAUUAUUUAUCAAACUAGAAUGAGCUAAAUUAAAGAUAAAUUAUGAUAAUUGAGAAGGCUAUUGAGUCUAUUUUCUUAUUAUCAAGGAGAAUAAAAAAACCAAAGAGACUUCUUUCUUAUAACUUACUUAAAUGUAUUCAAUAAUUAUUUAUUACUAUCUAUUCACAAGUAAGGAUACACAAUUCAAUCAAAUUUAAUACUAAGUUUUUCAAUUAAUUUAAAGAAGAUUAAAAAAAUUAAGAAUUUUUUAAAUAAAAAGGUUUAUAUGAAAUCUAUGAUUACUAUUACAGUCUUACAUAGAUUGUAAUUAAGUAUUUAGAAGAAUUAAAUGGAAAAAAAUAAAAAUAAAAAGAAAAACAAGAACAGUUUAUUUUUGAAUAUAAUAAAUUUUAAGAAUAAAGUGACAUAAUCUAUAAAUUGAUAGAAAAUGCUAAAAAUUAUUUGGAUGAUUCUAUUAAUUAGAGUGAUAUUCACUAAUAUGAUAUUUAUUACUUUUUUUAAUCGUUAAAGUUGAUAAUAAUAAGAAUUAUUAAAAAUAAUGAAGAUAUAUCAAUCGAUAAAAUUCUCAAUUAAUUAUGGGAUGGGUAUUAGUUUUCUAUUGUAAAAAAUUAGAAUAUGAAAGUACAUUUACACUUUCUUGAAAUGCUUUUUGAUUUAAUAUCAUAUCAUUAAGGUUAAUAAGAUUUAUUUGUUGAUUAGAAAUCGGUAUUGUUUAAUGAACUAUAAUCCAAGCUUUUAAAAUUGGAUUGUUGGGAACAUUAUAUUAAAAUUUAGUGUGAUAAGUUGAUUAAACAAUUUAUAAAAUUUAGUUUUAUAAAAAUAAUAAACACUUCAGAAAAUUAAAAAUUAUAAUUAGAUUGUCAAGUGUAUAUUGAUCUUUUGGAAAAAGAAGAUAAUAAUCUAUUUGUUUUAAAAUAAAAAGAGUUUUAAAUUACAUAAGAGAAUUUUAAUAAUUUAAUUGAUGAAAAAGAUUGUAACAUGAACAAAAAUAAAUUAUAUAACAAAAAGCUUAUGGAUCAUAAAGAGCGAAUAUUAUAGGAUUAUAGAUAUGAGUAAUAACUAAAUGACGACUAAAAUUUUAAUCAAAUCAAUAUUCCUUUAAAAAUAAAAAAUGGUGAUAUAAUAUUUGAUGAAUUUGAUAUUAAUUGUAAUGAUCAAAUUCAAUAGGUAGGUAAAAUUAAUAAAUUUUUAUGGGAUAAUACUAAUAAAAAUGAUGUUCUACUGAUAAAAGGAUUAGCAGGAUCAGGAAAAAGUAAAAUUUUAUAAAGACUUUAAUUUUUUUUAUGGAACCUUUACGAUUCAAAAUCCAAAUUAAAAAAAUGGAUUCCAAUUUAUAUAUAAUUGAGCCAUAUUGAAAAGCCUGACAAUAAUAUUUGGAGUUAAAUCUUAGAAUCUGAUUUAUUUUUAUUUAAUAAAGAGGAAACCUAAUCUUUGUAAUAAGAUGUUUUUAAAGGUUAAAAAAACUUAAUUUUAUUAUUUGACGGUUAUGAUGAACUGUAAUAAAAAUAUAGGGAAAAGAAUUUAAUAUAAUCUAAUUAACUUUUCAAGACUCAAUUGGGCAAAAAUGUAAAAAUAAUCUUUACAUCAAGAAUAGAAACUCUAAAUUAUGAAAAAUAUAAAUAACUGUUUAUAGGAACAAAUGAGAAAACUUUUACUGAGGCUGAAAUAAUCUCUUUUGAAGAAUCAUAAAUAGAAUAAUAUCUUGAAUAUUAUUUUAUCUAAGUUUUUAGAUAAAAAUUAUAUGAUGCCUCUGAUAAGUUUAUACAAAAUUCUUAAAAAUAAAAUUCUAUAAUUUCUAUUAAUAAUUUCAAGGAGAUUUGGGAGAUUUUUUUUUUAGAAGAUAUAUAAAAUCUAUUAAAAUGUUCAUAAAAAUUUCAAUCUUACAAUAUUAUUUCUGAUGAGUUUUUGUCAAGUUUGUUUUAUAAGUUGUAAACAAUAUUAGAAUGUGAGAAUAUAUCAUUUUAAGAUUUAUAAGUAUUUAAGGAUGACUUAAAAAAAAUUUAGAGUCCAAAUUAGAUGAUGAAAUUAAUAAACAAUAAUUAAAUUUAAAAUUCGAUUAAAACACCUUAAAGCUUGAAAAUCAUUUUAUCUGUCUUAUUAAAUAUAGAUAAAUAAUCAGUGAACAAAAAAACUAGGAAGGACAGGUUUCGUUCAAUUCUAUAUAAGUUAAAAAAAUAAUAAAUUAAAUCAAAUAAUUUAGGUUAAUAAAUUAAUGAUGAGGAAUAUAUUGAUAAUUUAAUGAAUAUAUUAGAAGAUUUAAAUUUUUUUGAUGAUUUUCCAGUAGAAUAUUUAAAUAAUUAAAUGCCUUCCAUUUCAAUUUAAGAUAAAGAUUUAAUUAGAAAGGCUGUAGAAUAAUCAAAGUUUACUUUAUACUAAUUUUAUAAAUUAUAUGUAGCUCAAUAUCAUGAAAAGUAAAUAAGUAAGUUAGAAAAUUCCUAAUCAGAUUUCUUAAACCAACUAAAUAAAUUUCAAAUGAAGUUUGCUGUAAUCAUGAGUAGUUCUGGAUAAAAAUUUACAUAAAAAUAGCUUUAAAAAGAAGGAAAAACAAGUUUUAAAUUUUAGUAUGAUUAUUUUAAUGAUAAUAAAGAUUUCCUUAGAUGCGCUUUAAUUAAUCUUGAAGAUGGUUACUAUUCUUUUUAACAUAAAUCAAUUCAAGAGUAUUUUGUUGGAAAAUAUAUUUUAAGGCUUAUUAAAGAUUAUUAAAGAUCUUUUUAAAAAAGAUCAGUUGAAGAAAAUAUUGAAACGAGUUUGUUUAAUUAAUAUGAUUUUAAUUUGUCUCUUUCAAAUUUUUAUGGAGAAUUAAAUAUUAUUAAAGAUGAUUUAUAAAAUUAUGAUAAUAUUAAGGAAACCUUGAUAAAAAUAUUAAAGCUUUCGACUAGUGACAAAUAUAUAAGAGCAGCAUCUAAUAGCAUUUUUAUGAUUAAUUAUUUAGGAAUGGAACUAGUUGGAGAAGAUCUUAGAUCAAUAUAAUUAGAAAAUACAAACAUUUCUGGUCUAAAUUUUUUUGGUAGUAAUUUAGAUGAAUCAAAGUUUAAAGAAGUUUUAAUAUUUAAUUGCAAUUUUAACAAUGCCAGCUUAUAACAAGUAGAAUGGACAUAAAUACCUUAGAAUAAUGUUGAAGUAUAUAAUUCUAAAAAUAAUGAAAUUAUAGACGGAAUUAAAUUUUCACCAAAUAAUAAAAUCCUUGUUUCUUGGGGAUAAAAUAGUGUGUGUAUAUGGAAUUUAUAAACUAAAAAAAUACAAAAGUAAUUACAAAAUUUUAUAUUGUUGGAUUGUAUUUUUUCAUCUGAUUCUAGUAAAAUUUUGUUAUUCUUUGAUGAUUUUAUUUAAGUUUAUCAAAUUGAUGAAACUGAUAUAAAAUUAUUAAUGUUUGCACCCUUUUAAUGGAAUUAUCUAUUUAAUUUUUAUAAUAAUUAUGAUAAAGUUAUUUCACUUAAUUAUGAAUACAAUUUUUUUUAAGUAUUAGAUUUAACAAAUCAAAUAGAAUAAAAAACUGAAUGGUUUAAACAUAUUAUAGUAGAUAAAAAAGAGUUUCCAUUUACAACUUUUAAACUUUAAUGGAACGGUGAAGUAUUAUUAGGAACUGAAGAUGGAGCAAUAUUUUAAUGGGAUGUUAUAAAUAAAUCAAUAAAGCCGCUUUUUUAAAAUGCCCAUAAAAAUUAAAUAAUUUAAAUUUAAGAUUCUUAUUUAUUGUUACCAAAAAGGUUUGAAGAAUUAUAAAGAAAUUCUAAAACUGUCAACUCUGAAUUUAUAGCAAAAAAUGAAUUUAUAGCAAAAAAUGAAUUCAUGAAAACUUUUACGGAUCUUGAAAAAAAUUAUUUUAUUUCAACUAGUGAGGAACAAGUAAAUAUUUGGUAUAAAAUUCAUGAAUAAUAUGAAAAAAUUAAUUCAUUACCUUCUUUAAAGGUUAAUGAUUAAUUACCAAGAUAUUUCAGUUAAAGUCUUAAAAAUUUAAUAUUAAUCAAAAAAGAUCACAUUAUAUUCUAUGAUAAACAAAAAAUUACUAAUCUUCAAGAAGAUAAAAUAUUUAUAGAUUGCAAUUGUUUAGCUCAAGUGAAAAUGAAAUUAGAAAAUUGCCCAUAAAUAAUAAAAAAUAAAUUUGUUGAAAAAUUUUAAGAACUAUAAUUUAUUGUAAUUGCGAAAAAUAAUGUUAUUGAGUUUUAUGACAUUAGUGAAAAUCAAAAUAUAAUAGAUAGAAUUCCUUUGGAUAAUUUUCAGCCUUUAUCUAUGUAAUUCUGUUUGUCUAAUUGUAUUAUAACUUCCAACAAAGAUGAAACAAUUACAUUUUGGUAUAUGGAGAUAGAUUCUUAAAUAAAAAUCCACCUUAUAGGAUUAAUUAAAGGAUUUGUGAAGAAUCUAAAAUAAGCAUUUAAAAUUGUAGAUGAAUAGCACAGCAUACUACAAAUUGCAAUUUAAACUAAAAAUAAUCAAAUAGAUAUCUAAAAUAUCUAAAUUUAAAGAGAUUAAAUAAUUUCUAAUUUAAUUUUUAAGAUAAAUUGUGCAAAUGAUUCAGAGAUAGGUUGUUAUUAAUUAUUCAAUGAUGGAACUAAGAUUUGCAUUACAAUUGAUAAAAUACUUUAGUUUGGAAUAUUUGAAAAUUAAGAAUUGAAAUUGAUUAACUUUUAAGAAAUUCAUAAAGAAAAAAUUAAUUAAAUUUCUUUAUCAACUAAUGAAUAAUAUCUAAUCUCUGCUAGUAUUGAUAAUAUCAUUAUUUGGGAUGUUAAAAAUACAUAAGUGAUUUACUUUAUAAAAGAUUAAAAUUGUGUUGAUAUCUUAUUUAAAUCAGAUUAAAAAUUCAUUCUUUAGACAUAAAAGUCUAUAAUUUUUUAUGAAAUCAAUAUUAAAGAUCGUAAUACUUUAGAAACUAUUAAAUAUUUUGAAUUAGAAUAAAAUAUUGAUAAUUAAAAUUUACAAUAAACAAUGAGUCUAUUUAAAAUCUAUAUGGAUGAAUAUUUGGUAAUAAAGAGUGGUUAGAAUAUGGUAAUGAAACACCUUAUAGAUGGAGAUUAAACUAAAGUUUAUAAUUAAUUUGAACUAUCUUCUGAAGAAGUAGUUUUCAUUAACGAGUCUUUUUUGAUAUAAUAAACAACAUAAAAUUCUUUAAGAAUUAUAAAUUUAAAUUACAUGGAAGAUUAAUAAGAAAUUAAAUAUAAUGUUUUUACAAUACAAGAUCAAUUUGACUAUUCCUAUAUGAACGAUCCCAUUAUUAACUAUCCCAUUAUUAUUAACUUUUCCAUAAUAGCAAUAGAAACUAUGAAUUAGAUUAUAUAAAUUUUUUAAUUGAUGAAAUUGAAUGAAAAAAUUCAUCUUAAACCAUUUAAUUAAGAGAUUGAGACAUAAGAUAAUCAAACCAAUUUAGCAUUUUCUCAAAAUGGUUAUUAUUUAGCAUAUUCUAACAAAUAAUAAAUAAAUAUUUAUGCCAUCUCAGUUUUAAAAUUACAAUUUUUUAAAUUAUCAACCAUUAAUAUUGAUUUUUAAGUCAAAAAAAUUGAGCUAUCGAGUACUGAAGAGAUUUGCAUUCAGAGUUAGGAUCGCCUUAUUUUUUAUAGUAAUUUUAAAGGGCAUAAAAUCAAGAAUAGUAUUAAUUAAUAUGAAUAAAUUUCAGAGUAGAGGUUUGUAAAAAAACUAUUUAAAUCCCUUAAAUUAAAUUAUAAUAACAAAUUGUUAGCACUUCAGUCUAAAAAUAUGGUUGAUUUUUAAGAUCUUUCUGAGGUUGAUCCUAAAAAUGCAUACAAAGGAUAUUUAAAAGCAGAUUUGUUUACUAUUUCAAUAGAUAAUAAAAACUUUGCAAUAUGUAAUGAAAAUAGAAUCGAAUAUUAUAAUUUUGAUUUGAAAAAUAAUUUAAAGCCUUUAUAUAUUAUAUUUGAAAUAGCAAAUAAAUAAAAUUUAUUAAACAUAACUUUUGUAAAUGAUCGAAAUUCAAUCUUAAUUGUUUUAUCUGAUAAUAUUCAAUUUUGGAAUCAUGUUUCUAAAAAGAAAGAAAAGUCUAUUGAAGGUAUUUAUGAUUUUAAAACACAAAUUUUAACAAAUACAGAAGUAGCAAUAAUUGAAAAAUCAAAAAUUUUAAUUAAUAAAAAUAGAGAAACUACAUAUUUAAAUUAAUAAAUAUUGUUUAAUAAAGAUGACUAUGGAUACUUAGCUGAAAAUCCAAAUUUUACAUAAGAUGGUUAAUAUCUUGUAUAUUAAAAAAAUAAUGACGAACUUAUAUUUCAAAGUUUAUAAGAUCCAAAAUUAAAAUAUACAUUUAAAAAAUUUGAUCAGUAACAUUUUAAACAAUUACUGCCUGAGAGCAAUUAAUUGUUAUCUGUAAAAAAAGUACUUAACUAAGAUCAUAGUAGGAAUCACUUUUAUAUGAAUAUUUGGGAUAUAUCUAUAUUAGAUAAUAUAAGGUUACUUCUUUCAAUUCCAAUACUAGAUAUUCAAGGAUAAGUUAGGUUUAUUAAGAAAUUUCUAAUAACAAAAAGUGAUAAUAAUGUAUUUUGCAUUUAAAAAACUCAAGAACUUAUAAAUAAUUGUUAUGACAAAAUGCUUGAAACAAAUAAAGGUUUAGUUGGGAUAUGUCCUAAUGAAACUAAAUAUUAUAUAAUAAAUUAUAAUGAGAUAUCAAUAUGGAGUUUAAAAGAAAGAAUAAAAUUAGAUGACUUCAUGGGGCAGAAAGGGAUUAUGGCUAUUAACUUUACUUAAGAUGAAAAAUAUAUGGUAUCUAUAGAUGAAAGUGGUUUAAUUAUAGUAUGGAAUAUGUUGGACCAUUAAAAUAUUAAUAUUAAUAUUAAUCUAAAUAAUGAAAAUAUAAGCAUUUUUGUUAGCUGUCACUUUGUGAAAAUAAAUAAUUCUUUAGGAAUUUCAUGUUAGAUAGAUAAUUAAAUUUUGAUUUAUGAUCUAAAAGAGUUCAAAGACUAUGAAAUGUUUAAUAGAAUUACUAUACCUCAUUAAUGUUUCAUUAUUAAACAUAAUGUUUUUUCAUAAGGUAAUAAAUUAGCCAUUCUUUAUUAAGCAGAAGGUGAAAGUUAAAAGACAAUAAACAUUUUUAAGAUUGAUACUAAGAAAAUAAUUGAAAUUAUUCAUCUAUCAAAAUUUUAGACGUUCAUUUGUUCAUUUAAUAGUGAAGAAUAUUUCAUAAAAGAUGCUGAAAAGCAGUUAAUUGAAUACGGUAUGACACUAGAUACUAAUCAUUUUUGGAUGUAUAAUUGCGAUUCGAAACUUUUAGAGAUACAUAGUUUUAACAGUUAAAGUGAUUCACUGCCUAUUUAAAAAAUUUUUAUUCCUUUGAAACAUUUAACAUAUGGGCUAAAUUUACACCCUUAUCUUUUUGGCCAAACUGCAUUAAUAAGUGUAGGAAAUAAAUAUUUAACUUAUUUUUAUAACGACUAAUAUAGAAUUAUUGAUUUAGAGCUUUAUAAAUAAUAAGUCUAAGUUUUUGCUUUAGACAAAUCUUGGAUUUGUAUGAGUUUACUUUCUGAGGAAAUUUUAAUACUUUAAGAAGUAACUACUGGCUUUAUUUAUCGGUGUUUAUUGGACAAGAAAAGUGGUUAGCAACAAAUAAAAAUUCUAUUUAAUACAGGGUGUAAUAGAUUUAUAUUUGGGUUUUCAAAUGAUGGUUAAUAUUGUGCUUAAGGUUGGGACGAUGGAGAUAUAAUUAUACUUUAAGUAUAAAAGAAUCAAGAAUGGAUUAGAAAGGAAUCUUGGAAGAGUGAAUAACAACAAAAAAUAGAUCAUAUUAAAUUUAUUUCAAAUGAUGAAAUACUAAUUAGUUCUUAAAAUAAUGAAUUAUCUUUUUGGAACAUUAAGAAAGAAAGAAUAUUAAAAGGAAGAUUAAUUUAAUAAAUUAAGAUUGAUUUUAAGAUCAAAUCUAUAGUUGAUUCUUUUAAUGGGUAUAUAGCAUUAAGUUUAGAAGGUGGAAUCAUAUAAAUUAUAACUGUUGAUCAUUCAAAGUGUAAUAUUGAGAAUGAAAAUUAAGAAAAAUAAGUAAUAUAAAAUAUUAAUAAAUAGUAUAUUGGUUGUUAUAGGUCAUUUCCAUAGUUACAAAAGUUAUAGACAGACAAUUGUAUAACAAGAAAUUCUUUUAUUCAAGAUUAGGAUAAUUAAUCAAUUUUACAUCUUUUUUAAAAUUAAGAAAUCAGUGAAUUUGAAUAGGGUUUAAAUACUGAUUAAAUUUAAUCUUGA